AUGGACUGUGACAAAUCCUUCACAAGAUCUGGAUAUUUAAAGAUUCAUCAGAGAGUUCACACUGGAGAGAAUCUACACAGCUGUGAUCAAUGUGGGGCAGCUUUCACACGACGGAGUACCCUAAAAAUACAUCGACGCAUUCACACUGGAGAGAAGGCUUAUAGCUGUGAUCAAUGUGGGGCAGCUUUCACACGACAUAGUAACCUAAAAAUACAUCAACACAUUCACACUGGAGAGAAGCCUUACAGCUGUGAUCAAUGUGGUAAAACCUUUUCUCAUAGCAGUAGCCUUAAAUCCCAGCGCCUUCACACUGGAGAGAAGCCUUAUAGCUGUGAUCAAUGUGGGGCAGCUUUCACACGACAUAGUAACCUAAAAAUACAUCAACGCAUUCACACUGGAGAUAAACCUCACAGCUGUGAUCUAUGUGGUACAACAUUUUCUAGGAAUGAUAGCCUAGAAGUGCACCGACGUGUUCACACUGGAGAGAAGCCUUACAGCUGUGAACAAUGUGGGAAAUGUUUUACUCAGAGUAGUAGUCUUAAAAAACACCAGCGCAUUCACACUGGAGAGAAGCCGUACUGGUGUGAGCAAUGUGGGAAAACUUUUUCUGUGAGUAGUCACCUUAAAUCACAUCAACGCAUUCACACUGGAGAGAAGCCGUACAGCUGUGAUCUUUGUGGUAAAACUUUUUCACAGAGUAAUAGCCUUAAAUCUCACCAGCUCAUUCACACUGCCGUUUUGUGAACAUGUUUCAGAGCCAAGCUGUUUCCUCCUGCCUCCUCCUCAUGCCCUGAUAGCUGUGUUGUUAUUUUCUGAUCUUCUCUCCACAUUGAAGGCUGACCAGCAGUAACGUUAUCUUCUGAACAGCUUGUAUGUUAUCCUGCCUAGGACUACACAUUACACUCCAUCCCUUUUGAAGGGAUUUAUUGCACUCAAAAUUAGAGGUCGACCGAUACCGAUAGCUAGGUUGGGCCGUAUUUGCCGAUAACCGAUUAAUCAACCGAUAGUAUUUACACUUUGAAUUUCGUCAUGGCAUUUAUAUAACACAUACUCUAUGGUCUUACAAAGCUAACGUUUUUGACCGAUUACAAUUUAAUACAUUUUUGUGACCUGGAGAGGUCUCGUUAGGAGGAAGCUAGCUAUAGCUCUGUUUGCCAUUCAUUCCAAUGGAGAAACAUCGUGGCUAGACUUUCGACAUACAUUCCAUUCCAUUUUUGUGAAUUAGAGAAGUCUCAUCAGGGCAGCGGCAUUUCGGUAAAACGGUAACCCAGAAAGGGUGACUUUGCGCCGGCCGCAGAGCCCCGCUGGCUGCUGAUAGCUCUGUGCCCGAGUAGCAGUGCUUCGGCUGUAGUCUACUUCCACCCAAUAUAGUCCCAAGUCAAUAUCUGCUUAGGAAAUCAUCUAGUCUUAAUCUGCAUCGCUAUAUUUACUCGUUGUGAAUACGCAGGCCACAAGAAGUAAUUAGGUUUUGUUUUUGUUGUUGUUGGGUCACUUUUACUCACGACAUGCUACACGGUCACUAAGGAUUCUGUUGUGCUAUUCUUUCUCUACUAAUGCAGCAUCUAUUCAACAAAUUAAUAACUUUAUGAUAUGACAAAAUGUACUGUAUACAUUAAGGGUGUGACGAGAUCUCGUUUU